AUGGAGAAGAAUACAAUACUAGAUUUCGAAUUGUUUAAAUUAGUGAUCAUCAAGAACAAGUUUCUAUCAAACUAUAUCUUUAAACAUCAUGUUUUCGACAUACACCAACAGAUAAAAAGAAACACACCAAGUAAUAAAAAGGUACUGAUCAACAAGGGACGUGAAAUCAGUUCAAGUUUGUGGAAGAUGAUUAUAUAUGGGUGGAGCGAUCAUUUCAUGCCCGAGUUUGAUCGAUUAGCAAACUUGGAUGUAUCCUCUAUCUAUGCAGAGUACAACGGCAACGACUAUAGUGAUGUACUGAGUGUCUCUCAUUUCAUCAAAGAGGCAUCGAGCACAAACAACCACAGACUACUCUCUUUUCUUUUCAGCUUUUACUUGGCCCCCUCCAACACAAAACUUUACGACUUUAUUGUAAAGUGCAAGUCGCUGGCUGACGCAACAAAUAGGGACAGUCAACCAAUCAAAGAUGAUCUAUUCAUCAAUAUAUCAUCAAACGAAUGGUCAACCUAUUAUGGUAGUCGUAACAAACAAGAAUUGAUAACCUUUAUCGGACUUGUCGAACCAUUAAAGUUGAUCAGAGAUUAUGAUUGGCCCGCGAUUAUGUCACUGGCUAUCAAAUUAGACUGUAAAGACACCCAACAGUUGGCUAGAGAUAAUCUCAAAGAAUUCCAUCUCCAAUUUAAAAUGAUCUUUUCUACCGAUUGCUUGGAGAUGAUCGACUUUUAUAUAGAUCAUUCAUCGGCCAACCCAUUUACCCUCCAAGAACUUUAUUCCAAUGCAGCAAUCAACGGUCACUUGGAAGCUAUCCUCUACAUCUACUCAAAACAUCCAAAUAUUCCCCCAUCUCCAAUGUUGUUGCAAAAAGCUCAUCUAUCAAUCUUUCAAAGUUUCUUUGUAGAACCAGUAGACGAUCAAGUACAGAAAAUGUUAGAGGGUUGGGACAUGGAGUGGAUUAUGAGAGAACUUCCCGAUAAUGUGUUAUCGAAUCAAACAAUCUUGGAUGCAAUGCUCAAACUACCAAGAAUCAAAUUCCAAUGGGAUUCUAGAUUGAUUUCCAAAAUGUACAUGAACAAAAGAUCAAUUGUUCUUGAAAAUUAUCCCUCUACCAAUAAUCAAAUCACAAACUAUUGUGACCUACUAAAAGAGGUUGCCAUUCGAGGAGACUUGGAUGAAAUCAAACACACUGCAGCAACCUAUCCACAAUCACGAAUCGGCCAUGCCAAUGGUCUCCCAACAACUCUUGACUUUCCAACGAUAGACUUUCAAUAUUUUUGUGAAAAUGAUCGUAUCAAUCCUACAUUUUCCGACAAUCUUAUUGACAUUGCCAUCAAAAAGAAUCGAUUCAAUAUUAUCCACUACAUCCUAGGAUCCAAACCUCCCAUCUUUAAUUCACUCAACAAAAAAAUCGACGUUGACGCACUAUUCUCUACUACAAGCAGUCUACCUCUAAUCAAAUUAUUGGUCGACCACAAGUAUGUUUUUCUAUCAUCGGAAAUGUUCAAAAAGUGUUGUGAACAAGGGCAAUUAGAAAUAUUCAAAUACAUGGUGGAUGAGCUCUAUCUUUUACCAGAUGACCGAGUAUUUUUCUAUGCAAUAACAGGUGGAAAUUGGGAAUUGGUCAAAUUAGUCUCUGGAUUCCUAUCAAGCAAACUAUAUGAAAUUUCAGCAAAUGAAAUCAACCAGUCAUUAAUUAACAUCAAAAUCCAAAAUCCAACCCAUGAUUCAAAAGAUUCUUUAAAGAUAUCCAAGUAUUUAAUUCAACGAUACAUCACCCAAUACAGUGACCCCACCACCAAAUUAGACUCGACCGAGUUCUUGUUCCAAUCCCAAGAAGAGGCAUACAAGAUCUUAUGGAUAGGCAUCCCAGAAAACAAAGAAAUGAAUAGAUGGGAGAUCAAGGUCAAAGUGAAACCUACCUGUAUCUUGGGAUUAGGAGAAAUCCUCCCAAGUUUUUCUAAAUUUUCUUUCCCAGAAUCACUCUACUACAAUGACUACUCGUACAGCAAUGAAUGUGAGCUAAAACAAUCAAAACUAUGGACAUAUUCCUAUAUUGAAAAGAUUAAAAAUGUUAAACAAGAAAAUAAAGACUCUGAAGAAUAA